AUGUUACUUGUUCUUACUGGAAUUGUUCUCAUAUUAGUUUCAUACAAGGGCUCAACAAUCAAUGAUCAACAAUGCACACGAAUGUAUUACAGAGCUGCCACUAAUAAAUACAACAGCACGUAUCCACUUACAUCCCCAGUGUAUUCACUAAAUGGGGAUAUAUCAUUUAGGAUUGCCAUCAUAUCCGACUUGGACACCAGCUCAAAACAAUCGGAUGGUUCUUGGGUUAGUCACAUGAGGAAAGGUUGGCUGACUAUUAACAAGGAACAUUCAAAAGUUGAUGUGAAAUUGGAUGAACAAGACUUACUGCUACAUUCCGAUUUGAGUUUGAAGGGUCGAGCCAUGGAACUUUCCGACCUGGUUGUGUUCAAUGGCAAACUCUACACAUGUGAUGAUAGGACGGGUAUGGUUUUUGAAAUCACUCAGGACAACAGGGUUGUACCUUUUGCAGUUCUAAAUGAUGGGAAUGGUCAUCUUAGCAAAGGUUUCAAAUGUGAGUGGAUGACGGUUAAAGAUGAGAUUAUGUGGGUUGGUGGAUUGGGAAAGGAGUGGACAUCAACAAAGGGUGUUGUUGAGAAUUUGAAUCCACAGUGGACCAAAAGUGUGGGCUACCUGGGGGAUGUGCAACACCACAACUGGGUUGAUGUCUACAAUAAGUUGAGAAAGUUUGGUGGAUUUGAACUGCCUGGCUACCUGAUCCAUGAGGCCGUCAGCUGGAGUGCCGUCUACAAUCAGUGGUUCUUCCUGCCAAGGAGAGCCAGCAGGGAAGUCUACACAGAGGAGGACGAUGAGCAGAGGGCCACAAAUAUUCUGUUCAGGUCAGAUGAGGACUUCUAUUCUAUUGAAAUGUCACACCUCGGACCUCAACACAACACAAGAGGAUUUUCAUCUUUCAAAUUUGUCCCUGGUACCAAAGAUUCUGUAAUCAUUGCACUGAAAUCCGAAGAAGAUAAGGGCAAGAUUGCUUCAUAUAUUGUGGCCUAUAGAAUUGAUGGCACUAAUUUGAUGAAAGAAUUUAAAAUAGGUGAAUUAAAAUAUGAAGGGAUUGAAUUCAUCUAG